AUGUUGUCUUUGCGAAAGCUGUGUGUUUUCUUUAUGGUACCGGGGAUAGUGUACGCACAAGGCUCGUCGCCGUCUUCGACUGCCAGUGCUGCCGCAGCUACCCAUUCUGUCAAUGUCGGAGCCACUGGUCAUCACUUUACCCCUGAUUCAUUAAAAGCAGCAAAGGGAGAUAUCAUUGAAUUUCGUUUCUAUCCCCUCAACCAUUCGGUGGCGAGAGCCGAUUUCAGGAGCCCAUGUUUUCCCUACGAACUCACCGGGGCCGGAAGGGUAGGUUUCUGGAGUGGCUUUGAGCCCGUCAACGUCGUGACAUCCGAUGUGAGUCUCUUCCUCAAUAGCAGGGCUUCAAAUCCUGAUGAACGGGUCCAGCCUCCCAUCUUCCGCCUCUUAAUCAACGACACGAAUCCCUUGUUCUACUACUGCUCUGCCCCUGGCGCUUGCGAAGACGGCAUGGUUGGUGUCAUAAACCCAAACUCAACUCAAACCCUCGCCGUGCAAGAAGCCUACGCACACAACGCAACCAUCGCCUUCUCCCCCGGCGAAGGCUUUCCCCCGGAGACCAAGUCCUCUUCAGCGGCAACGGCAACGGCAACCUCUCCACCCGCCGCCUCAUCCUCCAGUUCUCACCCAGCUCUCGGCACAGGCGCCAUCGCCGGGAUCGCCAUUGGCGGCGUGGCCGUUCUUCUGCUAGGCGGCGCCCUCAUUUACCUCUGCGGCCGUCAGAAAACCAUGGGCGAGAUCCUGCGACGGGACCACCGCUCUUCGCUGCCUCCCCCUUCGUACGUCCCUGGGCCAGGCCACAUGUCCAUGGCGUCUUCGGCUGCGUAUAGCAAGUCUCCUUAUACCGAGGGUGGUGGUGCGCAAAGGUACUCGGCGCAAGGAGGGGCGCUUUAUGGUGGGGAGGAAGGGAGUUACCGGUCGAGGAGUCCGGCCGUGGAUGAGGUGAGGGAAAAGAGGUACGGGAGCCCGGGGCUGGGUGUAGUAGGCAUGGGUAUGGGCGGGGGCGGGGGUGAGAAUGGGACGCCGGUGAGCCGGACGGGUAGCCCGUUGGCGAGGAGGCUGCUUCCGAGCAGUUCUGGCCGAGGGCCGGUGACGUUGAGUGACGGGCCGUCGUACGAGCAGCAGCUUGGUGAUGGCGAGGAGUAA